AUGCCCGGCAAGACCCGCACUGCGCAGUCCGUCUCUUUCGACGUUCCUGCUGAUCAGCAGCCUUAUCUGCACAACCGCUGGCACCCAGAUAUUCCCAGCAUUGGCGCAAUUGAGCCCGGCGAGACAGUCAAGAUUGAAUGUCUUGAUUGGACUGGCGGCCAGAUUGGCAACAAUGACAGUGCCAACGACAUGCGUGACGUCGAGCUCACCCGCUGCCACUACCUAACAGGUCCUUUUGACAUCAAGGGCGCUGAGCCCGGCGACCUGCUCGUUGUCAACAUCACCGACAUCCAGCCCUUUAACCACAUGCCGUGGGGCUUCACCGGCGUCUUUGACCGCGCCAACGGCGGCGGCUUCCUCGAGGACCAUUACCCCCAAGCCGCCAAGGCCAUCUGGGACUUUGAUGGCAUCUACUGCUCGAGCCGCCAUAUUCCUGGCGUACGUUUCCCGGGGCUGAUCCACCCCGGCAUCCUUGGCUGCGCGCCGUCCCUGGAGGUCCUUGCCGAGUGGAACAGGCGUGAGGGCGGCCUCGUCGAGGCCGGCGUGACGACGCACCCCGGAAAGACGCUUGCCCACCUGCCGCAGGACAAGAACGUGCACGCCACCACCGCCGAGGGCGAGCUCAAGGCCCGCAUCGGACGCGAAGGCGCGCGUACCGUGCCUGGACGCCCGGAGCACGGCGGCAACGUGGACAUUUGCAACAUCUCCCGUGGCUCCAAGACGUACCUGCCUGUCCAUGUGCCCGGCGCCAAAUUUUCUGUUGGUGAUUUGCACUUUAGCCAGGGAGAUGGCGAGAUUAGCUUCUGUGGCGCUAUUGAGAUGGCUGGUGUGAUACGUAUCAAGUUUGAUCUUAUUAAGAAUGGCGUCAAAUCACGCGCUGUCCCGCAUCCCGUCUUUGUUCCAGGCGAGGUCCAGCCGCACUAUGGUCCCUCUCGUUAUCUUACCUUUGAGGGCUUCUCUGUGGACGAGGAUGGCAAGCAGCAUUACAUGGAUGCCACGGUUGCCUAUCGACAGGCUUGCCUCCGAGCUAUUGAAUACCUUAAACAAUUUGGAUACUCGGGCGAGCAAAUCUACCUUUUGCUGUCCUGUGCUCCGGUUCGUGGCUGUAUUGCUGGAAUUGUGGAUAAACCUAAUGUCUGCACGACUCUGGGUAUUCCUAUGGAUAUUUUCGACUUUGAUAUUUCUAUGGAUGCAGAGCCUAUUAAACGGAACCUGGGAACAUGCGCAUACACUACCUAA